GGAUCGCGAUCGCGAUCGCCGCGAAUGAAGAGCGUCUCGCCCGCCAGGUGCUGCUGGCGAUGAUGGUGAGCUGGGCCGUGUGCGGGAUCCUCACGCGGCUGGAGGUGCUCGACGAGAAAAACGGCGCGAGGACCGACCUCAACCUCAACAUUCUCAACAAGGCGCCCUGGUUCCGCGUUCCUUAUCCAGGUCAAUGGGGAAUGCCGACAGUGUCGGCGUCGGCGGUGUUCGGCAUGCUCGCCGGGAUCUUGUCGUCGGCCGUCGAGAGCAUCGGGGACUACUACGCCUGCGCCAGGCUGGCCGGAGCGCCGACGCCGCCGACGCACGCGAUCAACCGCGGGAUCGGGACGGAGGGACUGGGCUCCGUCUUGGCCGGGAUCAUCGGCUCGGGCAACGGGACCACCUCGUACUCGGAGAACAUCGGGGCCAUCGGGAUCACGAAGGUGGGGAGCCGGCGAGUGAUCCAGUUCGGAGCGCUCCUCAUGAUCGUCUUCGGGGUCUUCGGGAAGUUCGGCGCCCUCUUCGUGACCAUCCCGGAGCCGGUGCUCGGCGGGAUGUUCUGCUGCCUCUUUGCCAUGAUCUCUGCCGUCGGGAUCUCCAACCUGCAGUUCGUGGACUUGAAUUCCACGCGGAACUUGUUCGUCCUGGGAUUCGCUCUCUUCAUGGGACUCGCAGUGCCUGACUGGGUAAAAAAUCACAAAUCCGAGAUCUCGACGGGGAGCGACUUCUGGAACCAGACGAUCCAGGUCCUUCUCUCCACCAGCAUGUUCGUCGGGGGGUUCAUCGCCUUCGUGCUCGACAACACCAUUCCAGGGACGGCGGAGGAGCGAGGGCUCAACAAGUGGCAUCCCCAGGCGAAGGAGGGCGAGGAUGAGGAUCGGAAAGGGCUGGAAUGCUACGAUUUCCCGUUCGGCAUGGAGACCUGGCGGAGGUGG